AAGUGAAAUGUAAUUUGUUUUGUUCUGGGAACACUUUACCAUAAUAGUGUGAUAGUAACAGUUUGGCUCCUUGCUCUUUGUCACAUUUUAUAAAAAAUGUCCGACACUGAGAAGAAAGAAUAUGAUUCAUUUUUUUCUGAACUUGCUAAACAAAUUGACACCACAAUAGACCCGGACUUGGUGGACCAGCUAAACCAGGUUGAUCAUUUAAAUUUGUUUUUUAAGUGUGAUGCGUUUGGCAACGAGGAACUUAUUCCAGUUGGGAGUUGUGUUGAUGGGUCGAAGAUUACGUUACCUAGUGACAGUGGAGAUGUUGAUGUUUUGAUUAUUUCCAACAGGAUCAUUCUGACAGAAUCUUUGUUCGACUAUGAUUUAGAGAGACCUGCUUUUCUCCACAUCAAAGUUAACGAAGAUCAUGAAAAAUACUUUAAAACUGUGCAAGACCCAAUCAACGGAAUUUACCUGCCAAUAAGCGUACUUAAAGGACUGAAAGAAAAUAUUAUCUUAGUGUCAAGGGUAUUUCUGAACGAAAACGUCUUGAACAUAACAAGAACAAGAACGUCAGCUGUCGGCAAAGAACAUAUUCAACUUUCUCUGAAUGAUGAAGAGGUCGCUAACAUACCUGAAAACGCAAAUCCAUUUGGAUAUGAAUUGAAAAAACUUGAUAUACUUAUUAGAUGCUUACUGAUUGGAAUACUGAAUAAGACUGAUGAAAUUGAAGCAUCAGACGAUGAAGAUGAAACAGGAAGACCUAAGAGAAAAAAGUUAGUAUAUGAAGAAAUGUCUUUGUCUGAAGUACUGAACACUUUCCAUGACAGUAUUGAUGGAUCACGCAGUACAAACAAUAACGAUAACUUCGCGGACGAUAAAGCUGGCAAACAAGAUUUUAAUGGUGGUGCAAAUUCUAAUACCCCACAAAACUUAAUUGAAGAGCACACUAACACUAUGGCAAACAAGUCUUCGAGUGAAAAUUUACACAAGAAAAAACGAUCAAAGAAUUGUACACCACUACUGAAAUCUGAAAUACUUAACUCUAACACAGAAUCAAAGGCAGAACGUGAUAGCGACACAGCGAAGAACGAUGUUGCAUUCUCAAUAGCAAAAUCUACGGAUUAUGUCCCUGCAUAUAGAUUCGAUGGCUGGCCACGAGUAGCAGACGAGUGGUUAACCCGGUCACGAAAGUGGCCAUCGAAGGAAACCAUGAAAGAUGCUUUAAAGGCUGGAUGUCAGGUCGUAGCAAAACGACCUCUAGCUUUAUGUAAUGAACCGAUAUCAGGCGAGAGAGAUCCUUACUUCAGAUUGUCGUUUGCACUUUCUGAAGUACAUCUUGCAAAGAGCAUGAGAGAACCACAGUUGCUUUGUUGGCGUGUAUUGAAAGCAUACCAGAAAUGUUAUCUUGAGACUAAACCGAAGUUUCUUACCUCAUAUCAUUGGAAAAAUAUACUGUUUUGGGUCAGCGAAAGUUUGGACGAAUCAUUUUGGACCGAUGAAAAUGUAUCUGUGUCUGUCCUGAAAUGUCUUGACUUUAUGAAUGUAUGUCUACAAAAUCAAAAUCUGCCGUUUUAUUUCGUCAGAAAAAUGAAUAUGUUUGAUGGCUGUGAUGGAAGCUUUUUUGAAAGUCUGAGGAAAAGAGUUGAACAAAUUCGCUGUUCACCAGAUGAGUUCUUGAAACGCUUUAUAAUGGAGCCCCCUACUUUUCAUGAGUACUCUAUAGAUAGAGGUGAGUUGGAAGCCAUAUGUAGUCUAGAAGCAAAGGAAGAGAAUGGUACACAAGUGAUAGAAGAUAUGGUAGAUGCAAUAUUAGAUAUUCUUCGUUUUUCUUAUAAUAUGGACAGAGACAAAGGCGAAUAUUUCAAAGAACAGGUAUUCACAGACUUUUUGCAGCUACUGAAAAAAGUACGUUCUCUCAAGACAGAAGAGAUGUCUUCUGAUACUGAUCAAAUCAUGGACAAAUUGUUAUCAAAUAUGGAAAAUGUUAUCUUGGCAAUAACAGGCAGAGAUAAUGGGGCAAUGUUUAAAGCAUUUGAUGACUUAAGCAUGUCAUUUUGUGACCUCUUUACAAGCUUCACCGAAAACCCUGAAUCAAAGGAAUUUAGAAUGAGAUAUAAUGAAAACAUUAUAAAAACAAAUAAAAUUUUUUCAACAAUAAAAGGCGGACUUUUCAAAUUCGUGAAAAAAGACUGGGGACAAUGUGAACCCUCGAAUGUCGACCCUAUGAAGAGCGACGAACCAGGAAUCCAGAUUGAAAAAACUUUUCUUGACGAGUGCCGGAAAUUUGUUAAUGAGACGGUACAAGAUUUUAAAAAUAUUUUAAUUACAAACAAGAGUCCUGAGAGGAAUAUGGACACUGAUAUAGAUCUUGAUUAACUCAUUUAAAUAAUUUUAUUUAAAAUAAAAAAGAGGCAAACAAAAAUAAACAUACAUGAAACCGUGUAAGUGAGGGAAACAUCUCAAUAACAAAAGAAAUCAUUGACACAACAGUAGAAAAGAGAGAAAAAAACCAUCAAAACAUUUAUUUAGAUAAAGCAAUGCAGAGUGAGUUUACCUAUCUGAAUGUGUGUGUUUAAAUAUUUAUAAAGCAAUUAUCCUAGUUUAGAUUAAACAAAACCCGCCCGUUAAGCUCGAUAGGAGUGGGACAUGAUUUGUUACCUAGGGGUGACGGGCUUGGUAAAAUUAUCCCUUGACAAUUUAUCUCGUACAUUGAAUCUCGUUGUCAUUUUCCCGUCACCACAAAGGUUAAAUAAAAACAAAGCUCGAAUGGGAAAUGGAAUACGAAAACGAAAUUAAGUAAGUGAAUUUAGUAGAUAAUAUUAAAGCUUAAUCUUACUAGAAUGUUAACGUGUUCGUCUCUGUUUUUGGAGAGAAAAAAAGUAUGUAAUUAUGAUGACGGAAAAAAACUCAAUUAUAAGCAAGUGGGCGAGCGGCUAGGUAUAGGCAGUUCCAUUUUUGCGACAAUUUUCCGACAUCCGUUUGAGAAUAGAACCAAACUAUCACUAUCGUCAUCGAAGCCACAUAUAAAAACGCAUUAUCAGAGUUUUGUGAUUUUAUGCUUAGCCGACAGGAGAAUGAAGCUUUUGUUUGUAACUUAUGUCACAUUAUUCCGUUUAAAAAUUAUAACUCUUUGCUUGUAUCGUUUAAUAUUUUAUCAGUUUGAUUUUUUUUACAUUUUUUUCUUUUUCUCUUAACAUAGGAAAUGAGUUUUACAAACUUUAUUUUUUAAGGCCCCAAAGGUGACCCCAUUUAUUGCCUCCGUGGCAUGACUAUAUAAGGGUCGAAAGUCCAUCUCUUAGCAGUCUUACAAUAAUAUGUGCAAGCGUGUUAAAACAUGAAAAGCUAACAUAGUAUUAACAUAAAGUAAAUUUCGGCAAACAUUUAUUUGAAAAAUUGAAUAUGUAAAGGAGGUUAUAAGUUCAAGACAUAGAAAAAUAUUACAACAUCUACAUUAUACAUUAACC